AUGAUUCUUACCGUAAAACCGCUUCAAGGGAAAGAGUGCAGCGUGCAGGUGACCGAAGAUGAAAAAGUGUCCACAGUAAAAGAACUUGUAUCAGAACGUCUCAAUAUCCCUGCUAAUCAACAAAGACUACUUUUCAAAGGAAAAGCACUUGCAGAUGAACACAGGCUGUGUGAUUAUUCCAUUGGCCCAGAGGCCAAAUUGAAUCUAGUGAUUCGUCCAGCGGGAGAGAGGCCUGCAGCGUCCUCUCCGACCAGCAGCAAUAGCAGCUCACUCGGAGGGGUCUGGCACACUGUCUCUAUGGUGUUGGCUAAGCACUUUAGUCCGGCUGAUGCAGCUAAGGUUCAUGAACAACUUAUCAAGGACUAUGAACGCUCACUCCGACAACUCAGUCUUGAUGACAUUGAGCGCUUGGCUGGAAGACUGCUACACCCAGACGUCGACAUGUUUUGA